AUGUCGACGUCAAAACAUAAUCUCGUUGCUAACGAAUGGGAAAUGUCAACGAUCGAAAGAAAAUAUUCCGUUCCUCCUGGAGGUGGUUCUCAAUCACCUGGAACUCCACCUCACCCGCAACAGGAAUUACAACCGGCGAGAGGAGAAAGAGGUUCGACUUCUGAAGACCUUCACGCAUGGUCGAUAUACAGGCAAAAUUUAAAUUCGGAUUUUACAGAUUCCGCAUUGGGUUCCAGCGAGAAAAGUCCGUUACCUUAUGGUAAUUUUCAAUUAAGAGAAUCAACGGUUCAAAGCAUAUUAAAUCAUCCACGUUAUGGACCCAAAUCCGCAUUGAGUUCUAACAUGUACACGUACCUUAAAUUUGGUUUACCACGAGUUUUUCCACCGUCAAGAGGUUUAAGAGAUGGUUCGAGCGGUUAUAAUUCAAGUGAUGAUGGAUCACCGGGUCCGAUGAAAGGUGGCGGUGGUCAUCAUAGAGGACCCAUAAGAACAAGAAGUGAAAUGGAUAUAAGAAAUUUUCACAUGAAUUCAUCAUAUUCAAGGGUGAAUAAUUUUCUUUUUUCUCGUUUAAUUUGA